AUGGAAUCCGGAAAACAAAGAGGCUCGGAAACUUCAAGCGAAGAGAAUGAUGGGCUAGAACAAGUCAAAGACGACAUGGGCAACCGACGCUUUUACGAAUGCGCAUUCUGCAAGCAGGGCUUCACCAACGCGCAGGCCUUGGGAGGGCAUAUGAACAUCCACCGCAAAGAUCGAGCAAAGGCCAAGCAACGCGCAUGCCCUUCGUUUUCAAAUAAGUCGAACGAGGACUACGACGACAUCCCUUCUAGAUAUAUUUCACAGGUUUCAACCGAACCAGCAAAGUACUUUCCAGUUUUUGAGGCGCAAAGGAAUUAUCAUAUGCACUUUCAACCAUCGGCAUCAGACACUAGACACCCACAAGCUAGUGCUUUCCGACGUCAGAGCGAUCAUGUGCUCGCGUCGAGGUCCCAGUCCUGGGGUAUGAACCAGGAACUUUUGCUUGCAGAUUUGAGCCUCCCAAUUGGUCCCAUGCAUGUGGUGGAUGAUGGAAUGAAGAGGGCUGUUAACAAAGCUGAUGAAGUGGAUUUGGAGCUUCGACUAGGUCACGAUCCAUAUUGA